AUGAAACGUAAGUCGACAAGACCACGCAAGCCUGUUAGUAAAAAACGAGUGCGACCAUGGGAGGAUGAUCCGGACGAAGAAAUUCCACACGAUGAUUCUAUUAUUACGAUUGCUGAACUAUGCAAAGACCUCAAAAGAGGAAGAAAAUCAAAUACUUUUAAAGAGUUAGAACUUGCAAAAUAUAAAAAACUUCAGCUUAAACGUGCUAAUCACGCAAAAAAAAUCCCUUCUGUUGAUGGUAGAGAUACAGGUGAAGCAGAAGAAGAAAAUAGGGACAACGCUGACGAGGUCAAUGAUGAAUUGGUGGAUCAUGAGAAUACCAAUGAUUAUGAUCAAGAAGUCAUGUUAAAUGAUUUACCAGAUGAAAAUAAUCAGCAAGCAGAAAAUGAAGCAGAAUCAAGCCAUGAUGAUGAAAGUACUAGGCCAAUUAUUAUGAAAAGACGCAUAUUUAAGAAUCGUGGUAGUCGAUUUAUUAAUGAUGAUGGCCAAUAUACUAUGCGCGAAGAACCUAAAGAGCGACGAGAAGUUAUAAGUGGUGAAGACAUGGAAGUCAUAGAAGAGGAUAAAUUUUCUCACAUGGUAAACUCUGGAUCCUAUGCAAAAAAACCUCGGAGGAAUGAAAGAUGGACAGCAGAAGAGACUGAACUAUUUUACAAAUCAUUGUCACAAUGGGGAACUGAUUUUGAGAUAAUCGCGGCAAAGUCGUUCCUUAACACAAAGACACGUGAUCAGAUAAAGAACAAGUAUAAAAAGGAAAGAAAAAAUAACCCUGUACGCGUUAAUAACGCAUUGGAUACUCGCAUUCCAGUUGCAAUUGAAGAAUUGAACUUAAGGGUUAUUGAAGAGAUAGAAGAGCCAGCACCCGAUGUUGCAAUAUAUGAAGAACUUCCGGAAGAUACUUAUCCAAUAAUUGAAGAUGAAGAUUCAAAUUAG